CUUGAGAGAACUCUGAAAUGGACUUAUUGGUAUUUUUCGCAUCAGUUGUUUUUUGUGUUUUCAUUGAUGCAGGCAAUGCAUUGAGAUGCUACCAAUGCUUCGCCGAUGGCGAAGAAUACUGCGAUAGUCAGAAAGUGGAAUGUCCCACCAACCUACCAGGUUAUUGCGGGAAUUUAGUAGGAACUUACAGUGGGAAGCGUUAUCACCACCAAGGAUGCCUCAGAGUUAAUAACUGCGAUAUAGCAGCUGAUGACUUCAGAAAAUUCCUGAAACUAUCUAAGAAUGACUUAUUCGUGGUAGACUGCUCAUCUUGUGCUACUGACUACUGUAACUCAACGAACAACCUAUACAGUCAUACGUCUACUGGUUCACUGCUAGGUUGUUUACUCCUAGCAAUCCAUCAUUCCAUUGUAUGAUAUCAUGAUAUAUUAGAAUAACACAAAUAAACAAGCAAAUAA